AAUCUCAUACAUCAAAUAAUAGUGUGUUUCUCUCUUUCUCCUUCUCUCUCUCUCUAGUUUCUCUCUCUAGGGUUUCAAGUAUAAAAAUUGAAGUUCCUAUUGUAUUGUCUUUCACAAAUAUGGAACUGACCUAGAAAAGAAGGAUCAAGAAGUAGUAAGUUAAAGAGAAAGAGAUUGAAUAUGGGAAGGGGAAGAGUUGAAUUGAAAAGGAUAGAGAAUAAGAUAAACAGACAAGUAACAUUUGCAAAGAGAAGAAAUGGUCUUCUUAAGAAAGCUUAUGAGUUGUCUGUUCUUUGUGAAGCUGAGGUUGCUCUUAUUAUCUUCUCCAACAGAGGCAAACUUUAUGAGUUUUGUAGCAGUCCUAGCAUGCUGAAAACCUUAGAUAGGUAUCAAAAGUGUAGCUAUGGUGCAGUUGAAGUCAACAAACCUGCCAAAGAGCUUGAGAGCAGUUACCGUGAGUAUUUGAAGCUGAAAGCAAGGUUUGAGUCUCUUCAAAGAACUCAAAGAAACCUUCUAGGUGAAGAUUUGGGUCCUUUAGGUACCAAAGAUCUUGAGCAGCUCGAACGUCAACUCGAUUCGUCUCUCAAGCAAGUCAGGUCUACUAAGACUCAAUUCAUGUUGGACCAAUUAGCUGAUCUUCAAAAUAAGGAGCAUAUGCUGAUGGAUGCAAACAGAUCUUUGACUAUGAAGCUGGAAGAAAUAAAUAUAAAUUCAAGAAACCAGUAUAGACAAACAUGGGAAGGUGGUGAUCAAAGUAUGGCAUAUGGCAAUCAAAAUGCUCACUCACAAAGCUUCUUUCAGCCAUUGGAAUGUAACCCAACAUUGCAGAUAGGGACUGAUUACAGGUACAGUCCAGUAGCAUCAGACCAGCUAACUGCAACAACUCAAGCUCAACAAGUUAAUGGAUUUAUUCCUGGAUGGAUGCUUUGACCUAAUUAAGCUCAGUAUUUCUCUUGUUUUGCAUAAAAACCAAAGACAAAAAAAAUGGCUUUUGGUUUUGACAAUGUUGUAAAUGGCAUGCUGCAUGUGCUUUUAUCUGUUACUUGUUUUGUUAUAAAAACAGCAGUGACUGAACUCAAACUAUUGAAACUUUAGCCAAAGACAUGUGGCUUAUAUAUGAAGCUUUUUAUUAUCAUUUUGAAUA